GAGGACGGGAGCGGAGCGGUGGCGCCAUGGGGGAGCGGGGGGCGAACAGGGAUAGCGACAGUGACGAGACUGUCGUGGAUGGCUCUGUGAUGGAGAGCGAUGUGGAGGAAGAGGAGUUCGGCAGCAGGAGGUGGUAACGCGGCGCUGCCCGGAGCUGUGCGCACACAGCCGGCGUGGCGUGGGGAAAAGCCCGCGGCGGGGCGGCCUGAGGGGGCCGCUCCGGGCCCUCCUGAGGAGAGGCGGGCGCUGGCUCCGGCCUGCCCAGCGCUGGGCUCCGUCUCAGAAGAACAACCACAGGCGGGACCCAUCCCCUCCUGCGCCCGAUGUCCCGGAGUCCGAAACAGCUCUUCUCCAUUAUUUCAUAAAUACGCAUUUUUAUGUGUUGUUUGUUUCGUUCAAAUCGGUUUUGUAUUCCCUUAGACUCGGUAGUUCGCAGCUUUGCAAGUGGCCCUGUUGAUUUUACACACACACACCCUUGUUAGCCUCCAGGUUUCUGCCUCUUGUGCCCUCCUGAAUAACUUCAUAGUCAGUGAAAGUGAAACAUACCAGAACUAACUCAGAGAAAAUAAAGAAAACACUAUUUGCUGCUGAUGUUAUUUCUUGGCAGUUUAAUUUGGUACCAUGGUGUUAUAUCCUGUAUCCGUUGAGACACGGCAAAGAAUUGAAGCUAUGAAGCAGCUACACUUCUUCGUGCUGGCUUUGUGGCCCAGUAUUGCUUGAAAAUCCGUGAAGUGGUGAUGUGCCUCCUGUCGAAGGUUUUCUGUCCAGAAUAUUGGGUACAGUUUGGGGGUGUUGGUGUUAGCGUUAGAGAUGCCUGUGGGCAGCAGUGCCCUGACAGCAGAGGCUGAGGUGGGCGCCUUUCACUGCCUUCAACAGUUCGUUGGGUUUACAGAGGUGAAAAGCACAGUAUCCAACUGUUUAACAGGCUUUUUUUUUUUUUUUCCUUUUUUUUGCAAAGGUUUCUUUUUCUUUAUGAGGACAUGGCUUUGACAACUGAAACAAAAAUUACUGGAGGUAGGACAUAUUUUCCACUCUGUUUUUUUCAGUGAUCUGUUGAUGCGGAUGUUGGCUGAGUCCAUGUUAUUUAAACGUAAAUGUUACAUGGAAUGCACUCUCCAGAAAUCUGUUUUAUACAGAAGUAUUGUGAUCACACAUACAGUCGGAGGGAAAACCACAUAAAUCCAGUACCUCAGGAGGCAUACGCGUCUGACCAGUCUCAGUCUCUACUGCAGGAUUGGAUAAACUGUCCAUCAUUUACUGAAAAUAUUUCUAAGCCUGUUUUUUCAUUAAAUGCUGUAGUAGAGAGACAGCAAGAUGAUUCUGUAGAUAUUGAAUUGAAUGGAUUUCAGAAAGAUUCAGAAGAAGAGAAAUUAAGUAAUGAAGAUGUCUUUCCAGAAAUAAACCUCUGUCUAGAUGCCUUUCUGGAGCAUACAAUGAAGGUUCCAAAGGAACAGGCACCACAAGAUAUAUUUCCACUUGUUUUAGAAGAUUGCCAGAGAAACUGCAUGACAGUUGUUGACACAGAUAACAGAGUAGAAGAACAUUCCCCUAAUAAUGAUACAGAUCUUUCACUGACAUCUCUAGGGAGGAUUUUCAUGGAAGUAUUCGCAGAACAGUGUAUAGAGACUGGUGAAUUGGAAGUGAGUGAUUUGUUGAGAUCCCUCAGUGAUUCUGAGAGUCUUCAAAUGAUAAGCCCAUUGCCUGAUACAUUAGAGUGUAAGGGUCAUGCCUUUUCCUGCGAUCCAUCAGCAGAUGAGAGCAGUGAUGCUCUGCCAAUAGAGCUUGUGACAGCUCUGAAUGCCUUGUCAGGAUCUGUAGUACAACCUGUCACUCCUCUAGUGCCAAAUGUGAUUCAGCCUAACGCCGAGGGAGAGACAUUAAAUUCAGAACCCAGUAUUCCCCAAUUAGAUGAUGAUUGUACACAAAUAACAAACGUGAUUGAGCCUCAACUUGCUAUAAUUCAGCCAGAAGAAAUAAAAGCCUUAACAGGAUCUACCUUGCAGAGGACAACAAAUGAGCAACCUGUGAAUGGUCAUCAGAAAGAGAAAGAAGUAAUUUCAGGUUACUGGGGUGCCACCUCUAGUGAAAAGCAAACUGGGGAGGGAAGUUCAUAUUCAGUGGAGGCUGCAACAUGUACAGAAACAGCCCCAACAACAAUUUCCAGUCAUUGCCAAACACUAGCAAAGAUUCAGCAGAGGAUGUGUCACAGUGGCAGUGCAAGAAACAAAGCUAAGGAUCUUGAUAAAAUUCAGAAAUCUGCUUCUAAAGACAAGCAGGAUCUAGAAACCAACAUAUGCCAAGAAAUAACUCUGAACAAGGAUAGAAAAGCUGAGCAGAGAAGGAGCAGGAGAAUCAAAAACAAGCUGAGAAAGGAAGCCCUUGCUACUACUAUAAACCCUGGUAGCCCCAUUUCAGUUUCAACAAUGAGAAGGAGAAAUACUUAUGGUGAGACCUUACUGCAUAGAGCUGUUGCUCAUCAAGAUAUAGACCUUGUACGUAAGAUAAUAAAAUCCCAUGGAAGUGUGAAUGUUCGGGAUUAUGCUGGCUGGACUGCACUGCAUAGAGCAAGUAUGAAAGGCUAUUAUGGGAUAGCAAACGAGCUUUUGAAAGCAGGAGCUGAUGUUAAUUCUAGACAAAGUGAAAAAAUAACACCAUUGCAAGAUGCAGUUAAAGAAGGCCAUUAUGAGGUGGCAGCAUUAUUACUUUGGUAUGGAGCUGAUCCCUUAAUAAAAAAUGAGAUGGGAAAGUGUGCAUUAGAUGAAGCUUCUGACCAGUCUAUGAGGAAACUGCUUGAACACUAUGUACAAAAAUCCAGAAGACAUUCAGUAUCAGGUAGAGGUGACUCAAGAAGUAAGUUGAAUACUCAAAGUGCAGAGGAUACAGACCUGCACCAGAAUUCCUUACAGACAGAUUAUUCAGAACCAGUGUGUACAAAUCUUGUGGAUUCAGACCGCACAGAUUUACUACAACAGACUACUGUAAAUGAGGUGCAGAGCAUUUAUACUAAUAUAUCUGAAGAUGGAACCAGCUGCAUUGAACAGAGACCUCAAGCAAAUGCAGAGACACUGUUAGCACGUGAGCUUUCAGCAGCUACUAAUGGAGAAAAUGUUUCUGGAAGUCAUUGUAAUUCUACUACUGGUGUACUAAGCACCAUUGAACAAAAGGCUCCACAACCAGAGAAAGGAGGGAGGAUCCUGCUUAAUGCAGAAGAAAGUGUUGCAGGAUGUCACAUGGAAACUGAAAAUGCGACUAGUUUAGAGACUGAGUCUAUAGCUUUCCAACUCCAUGAGAAGGACACACUUAAAAUUAGACGAGAGGAUUUCCAGGAGACCGACUCAACACCAGUUUUACCUUUUGGUGUUAGUGCAAAUGACAAGUCUCCUUAUUCAUUUCAGGUUGUGGAAAAUAUGCAGAAAGAAACCUCUCAGAAAGCAGAUGGAGUGUUAGCUGGAGUGAGUGGAACAGACGGCACUGAAGAAACCAGAGAAGGAAAUGCAAAGACCAGCGUGCUUGCAGAGUUUACUGAAACAGAGGUGGCCCAAACUAAAAGAGUAAGAUUAUGCUCUCAGGAGACAAGCCAAAAGGCAGCCUCAUUUUCCAGUAGCAGCAAAAACAAGCUUUCGUCUAAUCAAUCACAAUUCGGUCAAGCAUCGGAACAGCAAACAUCCAAGAAAUCAGAAUCCUCCCUGUCUACCAGAAAAGCUGUAAUUUUGCAUGGCACCUGUAAUACAAGAGCUGGAGGAAAGACCAAGCAGAGGAAAAAUGGAAAAGGAGAAAAUCAGCUUCAUAUUGCUGCCAGGAAGGGAAAUUUAUCUUUGGUGAAAACUCUAAUAUCAUCUGGAAUUUGUGUCAAUGAACAGGACUAUGCAGGUUGGACACCAAUUCAUGAAGCUUCCAGUAGAGGAUUUACUGAAGUGAUCUUAGAAUUACUCAAAGCUGGUGCUAAUGUUAACAGCAGAAGUCUGGAUGGUAUUUUGCCGAUACAUGAUGCUGUUUAUGGCAACUAUUUGGAGGCAGCCAGGAUUCUACUAGAGCAUGGAGCAAAUCCCUGUGAGAGAGAUGUUUCAGGGGAAAGUGCCUUGGAUAAAGCUUGUGAUGAUGAAAUGAAAGAACUGCUGAAGUCUUAUGGUGCUAUGGACUCUGUACGUUCUCUUGAGACUAGUGAAGUUACAGAGAGGAGAUAUCCCUAUAGGUUAAGAUCAAAACGUCAUUGUUAUGACUACUCUGAAUAUGAUGAUGCAGCGUUGGAGCCACAACAUGAGAAAUACAGUUUGUCUGUUGAUGCCAUACAAGAUGCAGAAGAGAAGCAAAAAGAACUGUUGCUACUUGAGCUGAGAACUUCCAAAGACGCAGAUGUGUAUAUCCAGAGGCUGUCUAAGGUGCAAGAUACUUUGAAUGAAAUGCUUACAAAACAGAAAAGGGAAAGGGAUACCCUUGCUAAAAAAUACAGGGCUUCAGUGGAUUCUUUUAAAAAAGGAGCUCUGAGAAAACAAUUAGUUAAUCUUGCUUCUAGGCAAAAGAGCCUGUUGACUGUUGCCCAAAACCAGGAACAAUUAGUCCAGAAAAUACAAAACUACAAAAAAGCAAAGCAAGUGUUCAGUGCAUCGUGUUUAGAUAAGCAAAUCUCAAACUUAGUUAUUUCCCAUGGAAAUGAUAAAAGUCAAAGUUUAACUGCUGAUGAAGUCACGUGUCCUGAUGUAGUUACAUUUAGUAUGGGGCUUGCUGCCAGCACGGCUAAUGGAAAGAGAGUAGAAGCACAGCUCUCUUUAGAAAGUGGAUUUUCAGUUCAGGAAUGCAGCCAACAUCCACACAUCUGCUUGGAUGAGACAGGAGCAAAUAAAGAAGCAAUUAGACGCAAAGAGGCUUCCGAUCAUGCUUUGGCAUCUGAAAACAGGGUCAGAGAAUAUCCCUUCGACAACAUGUCAAAGCCGACAAAUGCAGUAGAAGUGGUGACGUUGCCUUCAGAACCUGCUGUUUCCACUGCUAAAACAAAGUGCUCACAGCAAAAAGGCAUUGAUUGUGUAGCGAUUGCAGAACAAGGAAACAAGUCUUUAAAUCCCACUUCAGUGACCAACGCAUUAAAUACUGCAGAAGCCCAAAGCACUGUUGUCAAUAACAAUGUCUGUCAGCCAGGCAGCGACUGCGAGCAGAUUCUUCCAGAUGAGGAUCUACACAGAUAUGUAAACAGGGAAGAAGCUUUCCAGCAGCAGCAGCAGCAAAUUAUUCGGUUAACAUCAACAAAGAACUGCCCAUAUCAUCUGCAGCAAAUGAUCUUUCGGAGUAGAGAGAACUCAUCUAAUGCCAACUCAGUGCUUACAAAUCUUACCUCAAAUACAGAUUAUCCAGUAAACUUCAGUGAGAAAUCUUCCCAGAGCUAUAGUAAUCAGAAAUGUGAACAAAAACAAGUGAGAUAUAGAAAUAAAAAUAAGAAAAAGCUCCAGUUGAUAGAUCUCCUUGAAUUGGGAAGGAUUAAGCCAGGUGAAAAUGUUUUAGAAUUCAAACUGCAGGAAUUCAGUCAUAAAGCCACACUCUUAAGCAAUGGCAAGAUCAGAACCAGUAAGAGACAAACAAUGCAGAAUGUGGUUCAGUGGGUUAAAGACAUACUAGGAAGUGAUAUUUCUGUAACAUGGAAGUAUGUGUGGAAUAAGGUUACAUAUCUUGGGACACAGUUGUCAAAAUUUAUUGAUGAAGAAGUGUCAGUUUCUAGUGACCUGGAAUUACCAUCACAAGAAGGAGAGCCUUUGGGAAAUAAUUUUAUCACAAGGGACACCAGCAACCACAACCAGCACCAUCAGAGUCCUGCUGCUGUCUCCAUUUCUCAGCCUCUUGGGAACUUUGACCUGAGCAAUAUUCAGCCAAAAACCCCAUCGUUGCCACAAACAGAAGUUGUGAAAAUGUCGCUGUGCACUGAAAGAGAAGCAGCUGCUGCCAGGGAAUUUAAGAGCUCUUCUGUCCAGUUCAACUCAGAGGAAGGUCUGACACAUUUUCUUCAAUUCCGUGAGAUAGUAGUGGUACGUAAGGAGGAGUUUCUACCAUGUGCUGUAAUGGAAAAGUACUGGAGUUUCUACAAAGGAUGUGAAGAUUUUGGAUUCUAAAGGCUUCUUGAGUGCUAACAUUGUUUUUUUUUUACUUGUUACUUAAAAAGUAAACAUUUGAGAUUUUAGAGCUAAAUGCUUUGUUACUGUCGUUUUGGUAAAUUAUUUGCCCAGCACUUGGAAUGGACCAAAAGAUUGUUUGGGUAAACAAGGAACUGGGGAGUACUUUGUAGCAGGUGAGGGUAACUGUCAAUAUUGGAUUUUGCACUGUAAGAUUAAGAAAUGGGGAGUUAGAUGAGGACUGUUACACACUGGUGCCCAUUGUGAAUUAUAUUUCAUGUUGAUGACUUUAUAUGAAAUUCCACUAAUUUCAGUGGCUGCCCAUGCUUGAUGGGGCUGCACAGAAACAGAUGGAUAUCAACACUGAUAAUCACUUCCUACCCCUAAAAUUGGAACAGUGCUGCCCAAGCACGUGCUAUCAGAAAUGGCUGCACAUGUUUGUGCAAUAAUGUAAGCUGUUAAGUUAGGUGAAAAAUCAAGAUGAGCAGCUUUGAAAAUCACCAGCAACUUUGCUUUGUGUGGCAUGGAUGUAUUCAAACAUUUGAGAAGGAGGUGGGUGCUUGGAGAGGUUAAAAGAAGAAUCUUGGCUAUUGGAAGUGCUCAGGGAAAUCCUGUUCAUAUUCCAGCCAAGUCUUUCUGAUAGGCAGAAAAUAUGCUGGCAUAUGGCAGGAAAUGCAGUUAGUGUGUUUGUAGAACACGAGUUUUUCAAUCUAACAACAUUUUAGAUAUUCAUCCCGAUCUCUGGAGGAUUUCUGUUUGUUUUAAUUUUACAGUGUGUGGAUCUGCUUCCGUAGCAUAUUUAUAACACGUUUGACUGUCCUGAGAGUUGUCUGCAUUCAAAUGGCAUUCUUGCUCUUUCAUUCUCUGGAUUAUAAGAAGAGAUGAAAUAAUAACACCUCCCACUCCUAACUCCAGUGAAUGGGAUGAGAAAUACCUCCUGUCAAUACAGAACAACCUCAGGUAGCUGUUUGGAGUGUGAAGAGCUGUUCUGCAGGGAUUUGAUCAGUGCCUUAAACAGAAGGUGGUUUAGGGAAGGGAGAGGGUUCUGGUGUGCCCUAGCAUGCAUGAGCAAUCAUUGCCUGAUGGGCUGUCAGGAUAAAGAAAUGCAAACUGCCUGGAAGUCAAAAAAGUUAAGGGCUACUGAGUGACAGGUAUUUCGUAAAGGGCACUUUACAUACAGAAAGAAAAUGGAGCAGUCUCUCAGCUGCUGCAGCCAAACAAACCUGAAGGCAUACUGGUUUAAAGGAAAUGUUCAUUCAAAUACUGCGCUUUCACUGAAAAGUGAAAGGCUUUUGACUGUUACAAUGACUACUGAAUUACGGGUUUGUUUGAUGGUUUUUUCUUUGUUACAAGAUGUCUAAUAAAGUUAAUGUAUGAAAACU